UUGACUGCAAUGACUGUAAAUGUUAAAAACAAAGUCUGAUCAGAUGCUCCAGAGCUUUCGACCAUGUCACAUGAUCGUCUUCAACAAACUGAAGGUGUAGUGACACUGGACAGACACAGGAGGGGCUACAGCUGCUGUCUCUGCAGACCGGAGAUGCCACAAAUGAGCCAACAGAAGGAGACGAUUAACCACAUCUAUGAAAUGGAGACGAUAAAACACGGCAUCAGAAAUGAAGCUGAACUUUCUGAUCAGAGAUGGAAACAGGUGUCAAACAAAAAUAAAAAGGCAGAGGGAUAAUCAGAGAAUUGAGACCUCAAGACAGAGAACACAAACAAACAUUUUACUACAACUCUGAUUUCUGUUCUGACAAGUAAAGAACUGUCCCUCAGUGUAAAUAAAGAAUGACUGGAUGAUGGUGUUCAGGGUGACUGAAGGAUUCAUUCUGACAGUAACAGGUGUAAAUACAUAUUUAAAACCAUGGACGUCGUUAGACCUGGACAUUCCCCGCUAUAGCCCCGGAUCUUUUACAUCUACAUUUUGUUUUGUUUUGUUUUGUUUACUAAUAAAUUAAAGUCCACGGCACGGGAGCACAACAGACAGUAGUGCACGCAGCACAGUAGCACAGCAGCACACAACACACUCACCCCUAAUUUACUCCGUCAGCGGCGCGGAGCGCAUUACGUAGCAAAUACGCUCCCAUUCUAGUGAAUAGCUUAAUUUCCACAGCGUCCCAGAAGCUGCACACCGCUCCGCUUUGUCGGAGAUACGUGCACACAGCAUCCGGUAAAUUUUAAAAUACAACACAAUGUAGAGAGUACGGAUUAUAAACUCUCAAUUUUUAAAAAAAUCGUUAAGUAAUGUGAAAAGAAAGGCGAUCUCAAGUUCAACUUGUGUUCUCUUUCUCCUUUUGAAUGAACUAUUGUCUUGGUCUGGCACACAAUUUAUCAGUUGCUUUUUAUGGCGUGAUCUCGCAGUUUCCACAUAAGCUUGCGGCUCCUACGCUGCGCAACGAUUCAGAAACGCAUCCAGUAGGCGAGGGAACACAUCGUCGGUCGCUCUAGAUCCAGGUCGCUGCGCUGCACGCCACUGACGGGGUAUGUGGACAUUGGGGGUCACUGUCACACCAGCUUACAUGGCAUAUGCCCAUAUAUGGGCACUCAGAAUGGUAACUUGUUACAGUUUUCAAGUGUAACGUCAGCAGGCUGCUCUGUAUUACAACUGUAUUUAUUGUGUAUACUGGUGGCCAGCACCGAGUCGCCGCGUUAUACUUGUAGUAUGAAUAUUAGACAAUUUUAUUGAAAAAACAAAAAGGCAGCAGGAGGAGAGCAAGUAGGGGAGUCAUUGUUCCCACUUCAGGGCUAAAGCCCUGGAUGUUUUCAACUCCUAGCGAAGCCCCUGUUUAAAACUAACAUCCAGGUCUGUGAGAUAUUUAACUGACACAGUGAUUCAGGAGGAGGAGGAGGAGGAGGAGGCGUUGACGUCCAGUAAGCCUCUUGACCUGCCCAACAUGGCGGCUUGAAGGGGACGCCUCCAAACAGGAAGCUGGCAGCAGCUGCGCCUGCGCAGUGGCUAACUCCGGGUCCCUGUAAAGAUGUCUGAGCAGGCGGGGAGGGAGCGGAGCGGAGGACCCGAAACAAACGGACAGAACCCGUGACUCUCCGCAGCUUUACCGACCAAGGCAGGCCCAUGUCAUUCUGAUGAGAAGCUGAGAUGUCCAAUGACAGCCAGGGAUCGGUGAAGGGGGAGGCAGCAAUGAUGCCGUCUCCCUCUGCCUCCGCCUCCUCUCAGGGACCUCCCCUUUCUCCGUCCACCACGUCCAAACCACCUGAGCUACCAGACGAGCUGGUCCAGGCCGGAUGGUCCAAGUGUUGGUCUCGGAGGGAGAACAGACCGUAUUAUUUCAACAGAUUCACCAAUCAGAGCCUGUGGGAGGUGCCAGUGCUGGGUCAGCAUGAUGUCAUCUCUGAUCCUUUAGGACUGAAUGCGGCUCCAGCAGAGGGUGGAGACAGUAACCUUGAUAAUGGUCAGAGGAAGAGGAGGAGCUCAGAGGAGCAGGGGGCGGGGCCUAACAGUAUAAAACGAGUGAAGGUGGAGCCCACUACGCCCAUCUCACCCAGCACCCCUGGGGUCAAACCCUGGAACUCCGCCCCUGAGGACAAACAGGCCACGCCGGCCACGCCCACAACCCCGAGCCCCACCCCUGCUCCAUACAGACCAGCAGUUAUCUACUGGGAUCUGGACGUGCAGACCAACGCCGUCAUCAGAGAGCAGCCGCCCGCCAACCACCUGCCCCCCCACCCAGAGAUCGAGCUGCAGAGGGCGCAGCUGGUCACCAAACUGAGACAACACUACCACGAGCUGUGUCACCAGAGAGAAGGUAUUGAUCCGCCCCGGGAGUCGUUCAACCGAUGGCUGCUGGAGAGGAAAGUGAUUGACAAAGGUCACGACCCCUUACUGCCCAGCGACUGUGACCCAGUCAUCUCCCCGUCCAUGUUCAGAGAGGUUAUGAACGACAUUCCCAUCAGGUUGUCUCGUAUUAAGUACAAAGAGGAGGCUCGGAAGCUGCUGUUCAAAUACGCUGAAGCUGCCAAGAAGAUGAUUGACUCAAGGAAUGCGAGUCCAGAGAGCAGGAAGGUGGUGAAGUGGAACGCUGAGGACACCAUGAGCUGGCUGCGCAGAGAUCACUCCGCCAGCAAGGAGGACUAUAUGGACCGGUUGGAGCACCUCAGACAGCAGUGUGGUCCUCAUGUCACCGCCGUCGCCAAAGACUCUGUGGAGGGAAUCUGCUCCAAAAUCUACCAGCUGUCUGCAGAGUACAGCCGCCGCCUGAGACACACACACCUGAGCCUGAUGCAGGACCCCCCCACAGAGGCGUGCGCGUCCCCCCAGCAGUCGCGGCUGGUCUACUGUUACCCGGUGCGCCUGGCGCUCCCCUCGCCGCCGCUCCCUCGAGUGGAGCUGCACUUUGAGAACGACAUGGCCUGUCUGCGCUUCAGAGGAGAGAUGGUCAAGGUCAACAGAGGUCACUUCAGUAAACUGGAGCUGCUGUACAGGUACAGCUGUAUAGAUGACCCUCGCUUUGAGAAGUUCCUGUCCAGAGUCUGGUGCCUCCUCAAGAGAUACCAGGUGAUGUUUGGCAGCGGUGCCAAUGAGGGGACGGGUCUGCAGGGGGCGCUGCCGGUGUCAGUGUUCGAGGCCUUGAUCCGACAGUUUGGAGUUUCCUUCGAGUGUUUCGCCUCGCCGCUCAACUGCUACUUCAAACAGUUCUGCUCCGCCUUCCCCGACAUCGAUGGCUUCUUUGGAUCCAGAGGGCCCUUCCUGUCUUUCUGUCCUGUCAGCGGCUCGUUUGAAGCCAACCCUCCAUUUUGUGAAGAAUUGAUGGACGCCAUGGUGACGCACUUUGAGGAGCUGUUGGACAAGUCCUCUGAGCCUCUGUCCUUCAUCGUCUUUGUCCCUGAGUGGCGUGACCCUGUGACCCCGGCUCUGACCCGCAUGGAGGGAAGUCGAUUCCUCCGUCACCAGCUGAGUGUCCCCGCCUACGAACACGAGUAUCGCUCUGGGAGCCAGCACAUCUGCAAGAGAGAUGAGAUGUAUUACCGGGCCGUCCACGGUACUGCGGUACUCUUCCUUCAGAACGAUGCUGGUUUUGUGAAGUGGGCGCCGACUCCGGAGCGUGUGGCGGAACUGAUGGCAGCGUACCGCCCUUCCCCCUCCCGCCCCUCCUCCAUGUCCUCCCCCGGACCCGCCCACACCACACCUGGAGACAGAGACUCCACCCCCAAGCCCGCUGAUAGGACGCAGAGUGCUGUGAUGUCACCAGCAGGCCAUGACGAUAACAAUAACAACAACAGUAGCAGCAGCAGCAGUAGCAGUCCACGAGACAAGAUGGCCGCGGUGUAGAGGGGCGGGGCUGGUUGUGUGACCCUCAGCUGUUUAAAGUUUCUCUGUUUUUCAGUGUUAGUUUGUUUGAUCGUCGUCUCGUCUGUUGAGAAUGUCCCUCACCAGCACCUGUAGCACACCCUCAGCUUCUGUCAACAUACCCACAAUGCCGUUCAGCCGCAGCCAGCAGGGGGCGAGACCACAGUUAAUCCUUACUGUUGGCUUUCACCUUCCCUCUUCACAUCGACUCCUCUUAAUUGGUGGAAGCUCUGACAUCACAGCGUUUGGAGCUUCCUUUUCACCUGCAGCUGAUUCAUGUCCAGGUGUGACUGUUUCUGUUGCAUAGCAACAGGCACCACAGCCAAUAAGAAGAGGAGUUGAUCAGCGAGCAGCAACAUUGGAGCUCCAGCAAUAAAAACUUUUCCUUUACCUGUGAUGUCAUCUGUGACGUCACUGGAGGACUUCUGAUUGGUCCCCACACCGACGGGGCUCGGUGAUUGGUUGACAAGGCAGCUAUUGUUUCUAUUUGACCCGUCUUUCUCUAUUGAGUUGGUCAGGCCCCGCAUCUUCGGGAUGGCCUGGCCAAUCAGUGUGCGUCCUUCAGAGGAGGAACCUGCUCAGUCUGCGGUGUAUCAUGGGAAACUGAGUCUUCUGCAGGCGCUCGCAGUCACGUCAUAUUUACUGGUGGAGGGGGCAGAGCCAGACUGGGACUCAGGACUGGGGCUCAGGACUGGGGCUCAGGACAGGGACUCAGACUGGGACUUGGACUGGGGACUGGGAUUUAGGACUGGGAUUCAGACUAUGACUCAGACUGGGACUCAUCGGGAUUCAGGACUGGGAUUCAGACUGGGACUCGGGACUGGGACUCAGGACUGGUUGGGGAGGACAGGUGUCUCCUGCAAGGUCCCAUCAGACUUCCUGUGGUGUCAUUGUUAAACAGGAAGUGAUCAGAGGUGACAGGUGUGUUGGGCAGUGGGCGGAGCUUCUUACCAACAUCGUUUUUCGUGUUAAAACUUUUUCUAAACUUAAAAAAAGAAGAAAAAAACCCGACUUCUCUGAAACUUUUACGUCUUUUUAUGUUUUUUAUUUUUCCAUAAAGUGACUUCAUUGAGUCAAACUCAGUUUGAGUUUCUUUGGUGAACAUGAAGUUGACUCAGUGUCCAGCCGCCUGUCCGCCUGUCUGUCUGUCCUGUGAUUGGCCGAUGAGUGGUCCAAUGGGGCGUGUCUCUGUGUGUAGAUAAUGUACAGUUAAACUGAAAUGAAGUCUGUUGUUAUUUUUUCUUCAUCUGCUGUUUAACGGAUUCAAAAAAGAAAUGUUUGAUUUAAUUUAGCCUUUUUUUAAGAAGAGAUGUGUUUGAUUCUUCACAUUGUUUGUUUCUGACUAAACCAAAGUGUUAUUAAGAAAAUCUAUAUCCGCUAUGUUUAAAGGUCAAAGUGUGAGCGCCUCCACCCAGCAGGAAACUCCACCUCCUUUUUAUAAUCUGCUCUUUUCAUUAACUCUGUUUUUUAUUCUUUCUGUUGUGCAUGAAACAUGUUUGUGUUCAUCAGGCCGAGUCUUUGUCGCUGCAUCUUCAUCACUGCAUCUUCGUUGCCAAGUCUUCCUCGCCGUGUCUUUGUCACCGUGUCACCCGCACUGUUUGCUCAGUUUUUUAAUUUUCUUUAAAGGAGCGGUCCAACAUUUUGGGAUGUUGUGUUCACAGUUAAUCCGGAGGGGUUCUUCCAGUCUUUAUGCUAAGCUAGGCUAAUGUUGGACUGUCCCUUUAACGUCAGUGUGAAGCCAGAAUCACUUUGGUGUUCCUGUAAAACUGCAUUCCAGGGACCAAAGAAAACAAACUGAGGGACCUGUCGUUAAAGACGUCUCACAGUUUGGACAGAACGUGUUUCUGAUAAUUGGACAAACAGUUUUCUGCUCGUUACGUCUCAUUAAAUUAAGAAAAGUCAAGCUGUGAUUCUCAGAGAAUAAAAUCUGGAUCAGUCCAGCACACACACAGAGCUUAAUUAAAACUGCUCCACCACGUUCGUCUGGAACUUUGUUUCUGAUCCUUCUGAUUUCUGUCCGGGUGUUUUUAAAUCAAGAGAAAAAAAAGAUUGCCUGUUGUCAUGGUAACGAGGAGAACCUCAGUGAUUUUAAUAACUACAGAUUUUUGUCUCAGAAUUCCAAAAACAGUUGGAAUGAUUCUUAAGUACAGAGCUGACGUAGCUCCUCCAGACUUCUCAGCUUCCACCGUCUCAUCACUGAAAACAUUUAACACUCAAGUCAGAGUGAUGCUGCAGAGCAAGUGACGCAGAGCGAGUGAUGCCGCGGAGUGACGCUGCUGAGCAGCGACGCAGAAUCGGCCAUGUUUGUGGUGGGGUUCUCACAGCUGGAGAAUGUAAAUACAGUCUGUUCUUCAUCCUGCCUGCAGACAAACUGCAGCAUCACUCUCUCAGUAAAAAUAUAUCCAACCAG